CCAGGGGCGGGGCCUGGGCGGGGCGCGCCCGACACCAAGAGGCUCAGCGAGUGUCUGCGGAGGAUCGGGGAUGAGCUGGACAGGAACGCGGAGCUGCAGAGGAUAAUCGAGGACGUGGGCUGCGAGGCCCCCAAGGAGCUCUUCUUUAAGGUGGCAGCUGAGAUGUUCUCUGAUGGAGCCUUCAACUGGGGCCGAGUUGUUGCCCUGUUCUACUUUGCCUGCAAACUGGUGCUCAAGGCGCUCUGUGCCCGGCUCCCGGAGCUGGUCAGGACCAUCCUGGCCUGGACCAUGGAAUACCUGCGGGAGCAUGUCCUGGGCUGGAUCCAGGCGCAGGGCGGAUGGGACGGGUUGCUGUCGUCCUCGCUCGCCCCCUCCUGGCAGGCGCUCACCCUCUUCGCUGCCGGGGUCCUCACUGCAUCCCUCACCAUAUGGAAGAUGUCAUAGAGGGGGGGACGACCCCCCAUUGACAACCCUAUAGGGGACCCCCCUAUUGAUCCCCCCAUAGGGGACCUCUCCAUUGACAACCCUAUAGGGGACCCCCCUAUUGAUCCCCCCAUAGGGGGCCUCUCCAUUGACAACCCUAUAGGGGACCCCCUAUUGAUCACCCCAUAGGGGACCUCUCCAUUGACAACCCUAUAGGGGACCCCCCCCAUUGAAAACCCUAUAGGGGACUCCCCUAUUGACCCCUCUAUAGGGGAUCUCUCCAUUGACAACCCUAUAGGGGACCCCCCUAUUGAUCCCCCCAUAGGGGACCCCCCCAUUGACAACCCUAUAGGGGAUCUCUCCAUUGACAACCCUAUAGGGGACCCCUCCAUUGACCCC